AUGGGAGGUGGUGAUCUUAAUAUGAAAAAAUCAUGGCAUCCACUCUUGAUUAAAAAUCAAGAGAGGGUGUGGAAAGAAGAACAAAAGGCGGCAGAGGAAGGCAAGAAGUUAGCUCAGCUUAAAAAAGAAUUAGAAGAAGAAAGAUAUCUUCAAGAACUAAAAAAAUUACAAGAGGGAAAAGGGGGAAACGAAAGAUUAGAAUGGAUGUACGCUUCUGCCGCUAGUCAUUCAAAUUCAGCCAAAGCACAAGAAACAGAAGAUUUUCUUCUUGGUAAAAAACGUGUUGAUUCAUUGUUAUCAGCGGAUUCAAAAGAUAUCUUUAUGGAUACUAUGAACCCAAAUGCAAAUUCAUAUAAAGAUAUUCAAUCAAAAAUUCGUGAUGAUCCUUUAUUUCACAUUAAAAAAAUCGAACAAGCUCAUAUUAAAGCCAUAGUCAACAAUCCCCUUAAAUUAAAGAGACUUCAAGAGACAGGAAAGAUAAAAGGCACAAAAAAAUAG